AUGUUCCCUGAACGCAGCACCAGACCAAAGCAGCCGCUCGUCGAGGUUUGUCUCCAAUGACAGCAGCCUGCUAGCUAAAGUCAUGGCGUUGCUCAAACAAAGCUGCUGUGUCGCUGGUCGUUUCUCCACAAGCCAUCUGUGGAUGAGCCCCAGAUGUUUCCCACAUGGUUACACCAGCAGUCUCACAACCGUGGCCAAGUCCUCUCCGGACCGAGCUGACAGGAAGAAGGAGCUUCUGUCUGAGGACGGACCCGACCUGCAGGACUUCAUAUCGGGGGAUCUGUCGGAGAAAAGCAAGUGGGCAGAGUACAGAGGCAACCUGAGGAGAGAGAAGGGAGAGAGGCUGCGACUUCCACCGUGGCUGAAGACGGAGAUCCCCAUUGGAAAAAACUACAAUAAGCUGAAGAACACACUGAGAGACCUCAACCUGCACACAGUGUGUGAGGAGGCCAGGUGUCCUAACAUUGGGGAAUGCUGGGGAGGGGGAGAGUACGCCACAGCCACGGCCACCAUCAUGCUGAUGGGGGACACAUGUACCCGUGGGUGCAGGUUCUGCUCUGUAAAGACGGCCCGCCAGCCCCCACCACUGGACCCAGACGAGCCCCACAACACAGCCAAGGCGAUCGCUGCCUGGGGGCUGGAUUACGUGGUUCUCACCUCAGUCGACAGAGAUGAUAUUGCUGACGGAGGGGCGGAGCACUUUGCUAAGACUGUCUCCAACCUAAAAGAAAGAGGCCCUCAGAUCCUGGUUGAAUGUCUGACCCCUGAUUUUCGUGGGGACCUGGCAGCAGUAGAGAAGAUCGCUCUGUCGGGGUUAGACGUGUAUGCCCACAAUGUGGAGACCGUACGGGAGCUCCAAAGGCACGUGCGUGACCCCAGAGCGAAUUUUGACCAGUCUCUGAGCGUCCUGAAGCACGCCAAAAAGGUCAAACCCACUGUGCUCACCAAGACGUCCAUCAUGCUGGGGCUGGGGGAGACUGACCAACAGAUACUUGACACCUUGACUGAGCUGCGAGAGGCAGGAGUGGACUGUCUAACACUGGGUCAGUACAUGCAACCCACUAAACGUCACCUAAAGGUGGAGGAAUACGUCACUCCAGAGAGGUUUGCCCACUGGGAGAAAGUUGGGAAUGAUAUGGGCUUCGCCUACACUGCCAGCGGGCCACUGGUGCGAUCCUCCUACAAAGCAGGCGAGUUCUUCCUGAAGAAUCUACUGAACAAGAGAAAAGCAGAAGUUACAAUAGCAGAAUAAAAAGCCCCAAACCAGCAGCUUUGGUCCUCUAACUAUACACAUUUACUGUCACAAGCUUUACUCCUGUAGCACAGGAAACACAUUCAAACAUAUAUGAGUAGUAACAAAGUUGUUCAAGUCACAAAAAAUACACUGGUGACAUUAAAUAUGAGUAAAGAGUUGACAUUAACAAGACUCACGUAAGUACAGGGACCAUUGCUUUCCACUGUCUACAUUUUAGGGAGAGGGGAUCAAAGAGAACAAGCAGCAGGCAGAGGCCUGCAGAUAUGUAGAUAACCCGGGGUGCAGACUCUGUGUACUGCCCAGAGAAAGGCAACAUGGUGUUAGUCAUUUGCAAUCUCUGCACCCCAGAGGGGGGAGGGCCCUAAAUCACAUCCACCAUGAAUUCCCUCCCCUCAGGGGUCCUGGACUUCAGGUAAAGAGCAGCUGACCUCUAACCACGUGCUCCGUUUAUGAGCUCUUUGAUGUCUGCGGCUUCAGGACGGAUGAUUUAAUGAAGCAAGAGGGGAAUUUUGGGGGGGAGCUGAGGAUUCUUGCAGUAGCUUCAGGGUGAAAUUGUGUUUGAUACUGAAAACUGAAGACUUGUAACACUGUCAAACGCUCCGUUUUAAAUUAUUGCAUUACAAAAAGUACAAUUUGAAUUUUGAAUCAAAAGAGACACUUAUCGGCCAAUUUGGGCUCAAAUUGUACUUUUUAAUAACGUAAUAAAACACCUGGACAAGAAAGAUGUGCAUUUGUUUUACACACUGGUUGUUUAGACAAAAUAAAUCCUACAAAUGUAAAUGUAUAUUUUAAAGAAUUAAAAAUGUUUAGUUCACA